AUGAAGAAAGCUAAGAUUAACUCCGUGUAUGGAGGAAGAGGAAGAAAGAGAUGCAAAGAAAGAGUAGAAGAGAGCGGGAACUCAUCAAAGAGUACGAUCAUGACUGAAAAGGGAAGAACAAACGGGGUUAGGGCUACCAAAGCUCUAUCAAACAUUCCCAAUAACCGAACGAUUGUAACAAGGUCGAUGGCGAUGAAAAUAAUGGAGCAGGAAGAUGAAGAAACGUUGUGCGAGGUUCAGAUUAUUGAGAUUAGGGAAGAGGAGAAGAAUGAUGAUAACAAACCUAUGGAGCUGGUGCAGGAGCAGGAGCAGGAACAGGAGCAGGAGCCACAGCCGCAGCCGCAGCCGCCUGCCAACGAGGUGGCUGUGGUGGAGAAUAAGGGAGAUGGUGUGGAGGAGUUGACCUUGGAUGACUGGCCAAUUACAUUUAGGUUUGACGACGAAUGGCCGUGGUCCAAAGUUAGGUAUGACUCUGGAUGGUAUUCCUGUUGGGAGUCCAUGAAUGGUGAUUUUUGGACACCCGUGAGAGAUCCCAGCCAGGAGUCUGUUUGGAGUGGUGAUCUAUGGGAAUUUAAACCAUGA